CUCCUCGCUUGGGCGUUCUUGAAAUUGAUUGGCUGCGGGUAAUUUUGUUUUGUUUAACCCCGUGCAGUUUGGCGGUGGAGUCUGACAUCCGCCUCGGUUUGUUGCCAUGGUGAAGAAGAACAGCAUCCCCGGAAGAUGGAGGUCUUUGACAGCAGUGGGUCAGCGGAUUCCAGGAUCUCGAUUUAUUGCAUUUAAAGUACCUUUGAAAUGGCAAGCAAAUCAACGCGUUAGCCCAACCCAGAAAUUCACUCCAAAAGAUUUGCUGAGUGAAAUCCGAGCAAGAAACGAAGAUCUUGGGUUAAUCAUAGAUUUGACGAACACAGAGCGGUACUAUACAGACAAGGAAAUACCAAGAAGUGUACAAUAUAUAAAGUUGAACACGGCUGGUCUGCAAAUACCAGAAGAUACUACAAUUCAUCAGUUUAAAAGAAUUGUUAGAAGGUUUAUUUGGCAAAAUACAGACAAUGACAAACUUAUUGGAGUUCAUUGCACAACUGGUAUAAACAGGACUGGUUACCUAAUAUGCAGGUACUUGAUUGAUGUGGAUGGAUGGGAUCCAGAUACUGCAGUAAGUGUAUUUGCACAGGCCCGAGGUCAUCCUAUAGAGGGAGCAGUAUACACAGAUGAUCUUUUAAAUGGACCAACAAGAAGUAAUCUGGGUAUAGACCAGCCUCCAUCAGUAGAAGAGACACAUGGUGAACUUAAUAAUCAACCGGAAAAUGGAAGGCCAGAGAAGCAACCUGCUCUUCAGGGCACACAGCGGGAUUUUAUUGCAGAUGACUACGGCGAUUUUGAUGCACGUAAAUUGCCACUGCCACCUCCUUUGCCAAAGGAGAAACCGAGGCCAACUAAACUUUUUGAAGAUGACAAGGACUUUUUAACCACUAUGCCAGAAUACGUAGAAAGAGUUCGCAUUGCACGGCAAACAUUAGAGCGUCAGAGACUAGAGGCAAUCAGAGCGAGAUCUAUUCAAGAUAGUCUACUUGCUGCACGUGAAAGGAAUGCUCCUGAGCUGCAUCAGCAAAAGGACUACGUGAAUAAUUCUUUAUCUUCAGCUCAACCUAAACAACGGGUUUACAACAGUGUCGCCGAAGUUACACAAGAGAUACUCCGCAAUCGUUCCAUGGAGCUUGAGUCUGGGCGUCUUGCGGAGAGUCAGAGCCGUUCUAGAUCUGACCCAAGAGAAGAGGCGACAUUAGAUGGGAAACCGGAACGUUCAGAUUAUUAUGGCAAGAGAACAAUGGAUAGAAUAAUGCCUGGCAGUAGCUCUCAGUCUCUGGAGUUUUCACAAGGAAUGGUGGGUAGACCUGAUUAUUCUGAUGCAACUCCUGGACCAGCACCAUAUUCUUCUCGUCCAAUGUCUGUGCAGAAUUUUAAAACUGACGUAUGUGAGGCUGAUAGUGGAAAGCUAGAAGCUUACAGCCGAUUCCAGUACCAACAUCCUUUAGACGUUGGCAAUAACAUGGCACCCCUGGAUAGAAAUGAGUUACGGUUUGAAGAAAGACAAACUCUAAACUCGAACAUUCCAACUUCACGAAACGAAUUUGUACAAAAGGAGGCAACAAUGAGCCACCAGCAGGUUCUUGAAAUGCAGUACCGGAGUCACCAGGAAAUCCCUGGAUUGUAUCUGAGAGAGAGAGAAAUAACUAUGGGACCUUUGCAUGGCCAGCGCAUGGAUGGACUGCACCCAGAGGAAAGACAGUUUCUAAUCAACAAAGCCAGACUUCUGAUGAACACUGAGAGAGCUGCAGGCACAAUAAUUAUGAUCCAAGGUCGUUUCACGAAAUAAAUCCUAUUCAAGAUACAGAUUUCCGUAUGACCAACAGAUUUUCUCCAUAUCAGCCGCCUAUGAGAGCACAGCAAAGUAAUGAUUUCUUAAGGUACCGGGAGCCAGGACCUCCAUUACAUGAGAACAGAGACCAGCAUGGUUCCCUGGCAUAUGACUCUUAUUAUAAUAUGCAGAGAGGCGGUCAGACUAUGGACAGAUAUUUGCUCCAGGAUGCUGCGACUAGAAACAGAUUACAUCUUAAUUGAUUUCUUUUGAAGUUGUCGGGUGCUCCGACUCUGUUUUCAUAGUUGUGUCUCAUGUGUUAGAUGUGACUGUUUGUUUCUAUGUUGUUCUCUCAUACAGCAGUGGUUAACUAUACCAUAAUUGAAAUACAGUACAGGUAUGGGAUCCGUCAUCCAGAAACCCGUUAUCCGGAAAGCUCGAAUUAUGGAAUGGCCGCAUAUUAUAUCGACUCCAUUAUAUCCAAAUAAUCAAAAGGUUUAAAAAUGAUUUCCUUUUUCUCUGUAAUAAUAAAACAGUAGCUUGUACUUGGGGUGGUUCACCUUUAUGUUAUAGAAUGAACAAUUGGAAUUGAACAUUCAAUCAUCUUUUAAAUUGGUCUUCAUUAUUUAUUUUGUACACUUUUUUAAUUAUUUGCCCUUUUCUUCUGAUUCUUUCCAGCUUUCAAAUGGGGGUCACUGACCCCAUCUAAACACAAUGCUCUGUAAGG